AUGGCUUUGAACCUGUCCUCUGGUGGAAUUUCCUCUGUUCUGCGCGGCCGGUGUGGGACAGUGGCAGCCACACGCAGGAGCCCAGUGGCAGUGCUUGCUGUUGGUACAGAGAACUUAAAGCAGUUCAAUCUAGUGCACAGAGAAUGCAUGAGAAUGCAAUGCUGUUCAGACUGUGAAGCUGCCUCGCAUGUUGCAUUCUCGAAUGCAACGAAUUCCUGGCGGCGUAGAAAGCAUGCCAAGGAAUGUGCACAGGCUUUUUUAUCGACUAUGUUUGAAAGACGGAGUGAAGCAGGUUUUGGCUUGCCAGGGUUUGCUCACCGUUUUGCCGAUCCGGCCACAGCGUUUGACGGGGUGUGCAAGAUGCAGUCAACAGCAUCGAUGGUCACUGCUGCCCACAGGGAUGUGCAGUUCUUCUCCCUUCCUUUGGACGCCAAAAUUAGCUUCUCACACUCCCAGGCGUUUUGUUUCGAUGCGGAGUCUUCAAGCCAUCGUCUUGCCUCGUCCGACUGCUGGAUGUGCGUGACGGACACGCUGUGUUCUUCCGGCACCAUACACUUUCCAGUACUGCGAGGGAGUUGA